AUGGAUUAUAGUGAACUUAGUGUUCUUGAACUUGAAUUUGAAGACUUCUUAUACAUGGAAGAACAGCAGCCUCUGGGAUCGUGGGAACAGCAGUCUGUAUUUGGAGAUGGCUUAAACAAUUGUGUGCCUAGUCUAUUUGAAUACGAUAAAUAUUUACUACCUUAUCCAAGUAGAAAUCCUUCCAACUAUGAACUGUCUGACUUUGAAGAAAUUUCUGGUUAUUUUGACUUGUGGGAUUCAUUGAACCUACAAUCUCUAUACAAUGAAAUGGUUGUCGACGCCAAGCCUUUGAACACAGCUUCGGGCAAUUCUCAAAGUGAAAAUAUUUUGAGUGAAGCCAUGAAUGUGGUUUAUGGUAGAGAAUUAACGGUUUCAGACAGAAACAAUGGGAUUAAAAGAGUUGGAAGAUACAAAUCUUGUGCACUGGAAUUGGAUGAAAUUCAAAAAUACUUUGAUGUUCCAAUAUCUAAAGCUGCCAAGGAAUUGAACGUCGGAUUGACUGUCUUAAAGAAACGAUGCAGAGAACUAAACAUCAUGCGAUGGCCUCAUAGAAAGAUUAAGAGCGUAAAGUGCCUUAUCGACAAUGUUAAGGAGCUGGGCUUGACCGAUGAGAUUGAAAAGCUGGAGGAACAUAAAAGGAUGCUAGAGCAGCUGCCAGAAAUGGAACUGACUGAAAGAACCAAAAAACUGAGGCAAGCUUGCUUCAAGGCCAAUUACAAGAAGAGAAGGUCCAUGCAAGUUUAUUUUGCUUGA